GCGGCACGGGUCGGCACGGCACGGCUCGGCUCGGCUCGGCUCAGCCGCGCCGGCACUCGGCUGGACGCUCUCGCUCGGCGCUGCCGGAGCCGCGCAGCCCGCGGGGACGAGAGAGCCAAGCUGCCAUGGGAAGCUGUGGCACGUGGGCAUGGCAGGAGCUGCUGGUGCUGCUGAGCAGCGUGUGGCUGUGGGUGGGCAGCAGCCAGCCCACCCCCCCAGGCUCCACACACCCCCCCGGAUCCCAGCUGAAGUUUCGCCUGGCUGGCUACCCGCGCAAGCACAACGAGGGACGCGUUGAGGUCUUCUACAACGAUGAGUGGGGCACCAUCUGCGACGACGACUUCACGCUGGCCAACGCGCAUGUGCUGUGCCGGCACCUCGGCUUUGUGGCUGCCACUGGCUGGGCCCACAGCGCCAAGUAUGGCAAAGGCAUCGGGCGGAUCUGGCUGGACAACGUGAAUUGUGCCGGAGGCGAGAAGAACAUUGGGGACUGCAAACACCGGGGCUGGGGGAACAGCGACUGCAGCCAUGAGGAAGAUGCAGGUGUCAUCUGCAAGGAUGAGCGCAUCCCAGGCUUCAAGGACUCCAACGUCAUCGAGACCGAGCAGAGCCAUGUGGAGGAGGUCCGCCUGCGGCCGGUGGUGGCCGGGGCCCGGAGGCAGCUGCCGGUGACGGAGGGCAUUGUGGAGGUGCGCUACAAGGAUGGCUGGGCACAGAUCUGCGACGAGGGCUGGGACAGCCAGAACAGCCGUGUCGUCUGCGGCAUGAUGGGCUUCCCUGCUGAGAAGAAGGUCAACAGGAACUUCUACAAGCUGGCCUCCAAAUCUCAGCCUAAACAAAAGCGCAGGGAGGACGUAGGGUCCAAGAAGAGGCUGUUCACGGAGCGGCAGCAGCUCAACUACCGCCUGCACUCUGUGUCCUGCACGGGGACGGAGGUGCACCUCUCCAUGUGUGCCUUCGAGUUCUACCGGGGCAACGCCUCGGCCGCCUGCGGGGCCGGCAUGCCCGCCGUCGUCAGCUGCGUGCCCGGGCCCCUCUUUGCCACUGGCAAUGCCCACAAGAAGAAGCAGCGCCAACAGCAGCAGAGCCAGCCACGGAUCCGGCUAAAGGGUGGCGCGAAGGUUGGCGAGGGCCGUGUCGAGGUGCUCAAGAGCAGCGAGUGGGGCACCAUCUGUGACGACCGCUGGAACCUGCUGUCAGCCAGCGUGGUGUGCCGUGAGCUGGGCUUCGGCAGCGCCAGGGAGGCCCUCACCGGGGCACGCAUGGGCCAAGGGACGGGGCCCAUCCACAUGAACGAGGUGCAGUGCCUGGGCACCGAGAAGACCCUCUGGAGCUGCCCCUUCAAGAACAUCACGCAGGAGGACUGCAAGCACACAGAGGACGCGGCCAUCCGCUGCAACAUCCCCUACAUGGGCUACGAGACUCUGAUUCGGCUGAGCGGGGGCCGGAGCCGCUUUGAGGGGCGGGUCGAGGUGGCGGUGGGGGCUGGCGACGGGGACCAGCCCCGCUGGGGUCUGGUCUGCGGCGAAGGCUGGGGUACGCUGGAGGCGAUGGUGGCCUGUCGCCAGCUGGGUCUGGGAUUCGCUAACCACGGCUUACAAAUCCGCCUAGCCGGCGGGAGGACGGCGUUUGAGGGCCGCGUGGAGGUGAAGCGAGGCAGUAAGUGGGGCAUGGUGUGCAGCGAUGGCUGGACCACUAAGGAGGCGAUGGUAGCCUGUCGCCAGCUCGGCCUGGGCUACUCCGUGCACGCGGUGACGGAGACGUGGUACUGGGAUGCCAGCAACGUGACGGAGAUGGUGCUGAGCGGGGUGAAGUGCGCUGGCCAUGAGAUGUCCCUGAGCCACUGCCAGCACCACGGCACCAGCCUGAACUGCAGGAACACGGGCACGCGCUUCGCUGCAGGUGUCAUCUGCUCUGAGACCGCCUCCGACCUCCUGCUGCACGCCCCGCUGGUGCAGGAGACGGCGUACAUCGAGGACCGGCCGCUGCACAUGCUGUACUGCGCCGCCGAGGAGAACUGCCUCUCCAGUUCGGCCCGCCUGGCGAACUGGCCCUACGGGCACCGUCGCCUGCUCCGCUUCUCCUCCCAGAUCCACAACAAUGGUCGCGCCGACUUCCGCCCCAAGGCUGGCCGGCACUCCUGGGUCUGGCACGAGUGCCACCGGCACUACCACAGCAUGGAUAUCUUCACCCACUAUGACAUCCUGACCCCCAAUGGCACCAAGGUGGCAGAGGGACACAAGGCCAGCUUCUGCCUCGAGGACACCGAGUGUGAGGAAGAUGUGGCCAAGCGGUACGAGUGUGCCAACUUUGGGGAGCAGGGCAUCACUGUGGGCUGCUGGGACCUGUACAGGCACGACAUCGACUGCCAGUGGAUCGACAUCACCGAUGUCAAGCCAGGCAACUACAUUCUGCAGGUCGUGAUCAAUCCCAACUUCGAGGUGGCAGAGAGCGACUUCACCAACAACGCCAUGAAAUGCAACUGCAAGUAUGACGGGCACCGCAUCUGGGUACACAGCUGCCACAUCGGCGAUGCGCUCAGCGAGGAGGCCAACAAGCGGUUUGAGCAGUACCCGGGUCAGCUCAACAACCAGAUUUCAUAGGAUCCUGGCCCUCAGGGAGAUGGGCAUCUCCCUCCCUCAUCCUGCACGGGUGGGAGGAAGCUGCUGGGGGGCCGGCGGGGAGGCCUCAUGCCUGGCACUGCUGCCACCGUGCCCUGCCGGGGAUUGCCCAGGACUCGCCAUCGCCAGCUGCCCUUCCCCACCUUGGGGAGCUGGUGCAGGAGGCACUGCAUACCUGCACCUCCCAGCCUGGGGCCACCACCCCAACCACUGGCCAGAAGACUCUGUGCCCACAUCCCCUAGGCUGCGGCACAUGGGGUACAGUCCAGGAGGUCCUGUACCCCCCACUGUGCCCCCCUCUGCUCCCAGUCCCUGCUGUCCCAGCUGCACCCAACCUCCUGUUCCCCCGUUCUGCCCUGGUUCCUCUCACCCCCACAGCCUUCCCCUGGGCUCUGCCCUCAGCUGGCCCCAGGACCCACCACCCACGCAGGGACUUGCACCCCUGCACGGCCCCGGCCGAGCCCCAGGGAGCCCCUUGUCCCGAGGAUGGCGUGGCUUCCCUGCCCUGGCAGCACUGCCUCCGGCUGCCCAGCAGUGGUUCCCACACCCAUCUCUUAGCUGUAAUUUUAUUUUCUCUAUAAAGUUGUUAGUUCUAUUUC